AAGCCACCGUCAGAAUUUGCUAAAAUGGCCGCUCAAUGUUUUUGUUGUUGCCAUAGUAAAUAAAAGUUUAGUUUUUUCGUGCAAAUUAAGUUAAAGUGGUGAUUAUAAUAAGCCGGUAUCGAACCCCAUUGCAACCGCUAUCUGUUGGGACCAUCUUUAAAGGAUUCAGUAGUGAACUGCAUGAGAUGAACAGUUCUUGCAAGUAUGAGGCAUACGGAUGUGUUGUCUUCGCCACUGGCUGCUGAUGACCAGUUUAUACUAAAGACUGAGAUUGAGGAGACUGAGGUGGUGUUACCCGAGGUUCCUCUUACACUUGAAGACUGUGACAAAUUGAUGAAAUGGCAGUUUAUUAGUAAUGAGACCUUUGAUGAUAUCAACUUUGAGUUCAACGAUGACUUUGAGGACUUGGAGUCCCCAAAGAAGAAUGAGACCAAGAAGAACAAAAGGAAGAAUUUGACACCCCAGCGAGCUGUGCAAUCUGAGAUUAAAGAGGGUGAAGAGAAAAUUAAGAGUGAAUGUGAUUUUAACACUGAUGAAGAUGCUGAUGACAGUAUCAAUGAAAUUAGUGAGGAUAGUAUUUUCAAAGGGAUCAAAGAGGAAGCUGAUGGUGAAGUAAUUGAUGAAAAUAUAUUACAUAAUGUCAAGGAGGAGUUUAGAUCACAUCUAGGUAUUAAGUGUAAUAUGUGUGAAAAGAUGUUUUCUUAUAAAACAGAGUUUGAUACUCACUAUAAGGAAAACUACAGGACUACUCCAGUUUAUACCUGUUCAUUCUGUAAUAGGAGUCUUGAAAAGUAUUCUACAUUCAGAUCACAUUGCUACAGACACAUCACUGAAGACAGAUAUAAAUGCAAGGAAUGUUCCAAGGGGUUUAGUUUGCAGAGUUUAUUGCAUGUUCAUAUGCUGGCAAAACAUACACGAGCCAAGCCUUUUUCCUGUGAGGAAUGUGGCAAAUGUUUUGUAACUAAGCCUGGCUUAAAGAUUCAUUUAAAAAAACACAAGAAUGAAUUUAAAGAGGUUUAUCCCUGUGUUGAAUGUGGGAAGGUUUUACAUACACGGGGCGGAUUGACUUCUCACAUGAACGUGCAUAGAUUGGGUAGAAGAUUUAUGUGCGAUGUCUGCGGGAAAACGUUUACCCAGAAGGUUAAUAUGCAACAGCACGUUAAACAGCAUACAGGCGAUAAACCUUACGAAUGUGAUAAGUGCGGUAAAACUUUUACAGAAAAAUCGCAUUUAAGUCGUCACUAUAGUUUCCAUAGUGAGCAACGGCCCUUUAAGUGUGAAGUGUGCCAAAAAAUGUACAAGACUGAACGUUGUCUCAAGGUACAUAGCAUGGUUCAUGCAAAAGAAAGACCGUACAUUUGCACGUAUUGCAGUAAAGGAUUUUUGAGCAGCACCAAAUUGAAGCAACACUAUAACAUUCACACAGGAGAACGUCCAUAUGCUUGCAAAUAUUGCGAAAGAAAGUUUACGAAUUAUCCAAAUUGGUUAAAGCAUACACGUAGGAGACAUAACGUAGAUCAUAAGACAGGGGAGCAUUUGCCGCCGAAACCAGCCAAAGCAAAGCCAACUAAGACCAUCAAGCAACCCGAGGUGUUGACUGUAACUAAGUUGGAACCGUCACCUACACCGGUUACCGUCGUAAACGUGGACGACAGUCCCAAUAUUCCGGACAUUCCUAUAAUUGACGAGACCGACUUGGUGAUGCAUGACAACAUUAUGACCGAUUUUACUCUAAGCAAAACGGAAGAGUUGCUCUUGCAGCAAGGCCUCUUCAACUUUCCAAUCACCGCCGACGAAAAGUUCCUUUUACAGCAAGAUGUUCUGGCGACGAGCUCCAGCAGCAACUUACUAGUUCCGUUCAUACAGACACAGUUACCAACGCACCACAACAUCAUCAUGCAGACUGCGGGACAGUCCUCAUCCCAAUUGCAAUUAAACGAUUACGUGCCCAUACAAUACAUACAAUAAGUAUACAUUUAUCACUGUGAUCGUAUUUAAAGAUAAUAUAAUCUUGCCUCUAACUUAAAAUGUAAUACAUCCACUUGACACAGCGUUCAAAUCCAAGGAAGAUCUCGAACUUACAGAAAAUAAGUUAAUUACUUAAUUAUGUUUGUUAUCUGACUAGUUUUGUAAUGCAUGGAAGAUAAUUGUAUGUUGGCUCAUAUAUUUUACCAGUUCUUACAUACAAUCCUCUUGUAUCUGGAAUGGCACACAAUAGUGUUGUGAACCACGCCAGAUACAAGACUUACGAAAAAAUAAUUAAGUGGAUGUAUUCCAUUAUUAUUUAUUUGUGUUUAAAGCGUAUCGCUUUAGAUUCAAGUUUUUAAGAAACGUUCCUUGUGCCAUAAAGGAAUUUUUCUGUUUAAAUGUAUCAGUAUUUAUUUAAACUUCGCGCGUUUUUCUUAGCUUAAGUAAUUGAGACAUUCCACUAUGCAUUAGUUACCUUCUAAAAUUUAGAAUCUAAAUGUUUGUAUUUUCGAUGUACAAUGAUUAAAUGGUGUGGAGUCUCAGGUCCUGCUCUGACACAUCAUGUUUCUACGCCGACCGGGAUUUUACAUAUAUUUGUCAGCGACAAAGUAUAUAGGCAUUAUCGUCAGUUUAUUUUUAUACAUUGUCUAGGAAUUUUAAAUCAUUCUGAAGACAUUUUAAAUAAAUUGAUCGUUUUUUAUAUAUAUUUUGCCGCUAACAUAUCCAAUGUUUUGGAUUUUGUUUUAUAUGAUAUUUAAAAUAAAAAAGAAAUGCGCAAUUAUUGUACAUCAAUAUAUCUUGUAACUGUAUUAUUAAAACGAUAGUUUCAUGAACGAUCAUAAACGUACAAACAACGGACCAGUUAAGCAUUUUCCUUUUCAGCUUUAUUUAAAAAAAAGUUUGUUCAUCAUAUAUAACUAUGGAAUAUAGUUGAUAUAAAAAUGGUUUCACGUAAUCCAUACAUUAUAAAUGUGUUGCUCAAUUGUUGUACAUCAAUUGAUUGAGAGAAUUUACAAAUGCAAUACUUUAAGUGAUUCCUAAAUGUUUGCAAGAUUGUUUUUGAAAGUGCUCGGAUUUAAUAAUCGUUUCCCUGAAUAUAUUUCUAGUAGCUCACGUAAUCUUAGGAACAUUAGAUUAGAUAUUUGUAGGGAGAAAGAGUAUUUUUGUAAGUUUUUUUUAUAUACAUGUACUGUAAGAGAUUGUCUUUGAGUGAUAUUAUUUUUUGUUCUUUUUAUAUAUUUCUUUUCGUUUUGAAAUUAUGUUCUGAAUUGUGUCAGUUACCAAAUUCCCCAGUUUACUUUAUUUUUUAUUAUUAUAUUUUUUGUGUGUGCGUGUGAAAAAUAUAUUGAGAAAAUGUGAGAAAAAAAUAUAUAUCCUAUUUUAUACAUCUAUAAAACCUGUUAUUUUAUUUU